AAGUACUCUGUAUUCCGUACAUACAUACAUUACAAUUACAGUGGUAAACGGAUACCGCAUUCCCGCUAUGGUUACAGGUGCCUUGCAGCGAGCGAGCCAACGGCGCGCCGGAAUGACUCAGGCUGAGGGACUGGUGCCUGGAGUUUCAAGGUCUCUGUUGUUGUCAUUUCAGGGGAGGAAGAAAAGGAUCAGAUCAGAACAGCCGGCAAAGACGGGCGAAUAAUGAUACCAAGAGCCCCUCAGUGGAUUCCGCGUCUUCUUACAAAUCAAUUGAUUAUUCAGAGAAGAAUUUCCGUGCUUAGCGGCUCGUCAGCGGCAGCUAUCAAGACCGAUUCGAAGAUGGCGACGGCAACCCCAAACUCAACGAGUAACCCGACUCAGACAGAAGCAACCCUGUCACCAGCAGCAGACUACAAGCCUAGAUAUAUCGAUAUUGGUAUCAACUUGGCAGAUCCCAUCUUCCGAGGCCGUUACCAUGGCAAGUCCAGGCAUCCCGAUGACUUGAAGGGCGUCAUCAAGAGAGCCGACGAGGUCGGAUGCACAAAACUCAUCGUAACGGGCUCCAGCUUCAAAAGCUCGAGGGACGCCCUGAAACUCGCCCGUGCAUUCCCCGGUACUGUCUACACAACCGCUGGCAUCCAUCCCUGCAGCAGCUCCAUCUUCAGCUCCUCCCACCACAGGCACCACGAUGAGAGCCAGAGUGAGGGCGAAGGGGCAGAGGACGAGCACACGCCUGCCUGCGACCCGGACCCGUCCAAGCCGAUCGCCGACGGCGGUGGCAUCGACCAUAUUCGAACCAAGGUUAUCAUUUCCGACCUAAAGACUCUAGUCGAGCAGGCCCAGCUACCAUCACCAUCGGCAGCGCCAGCAGCCCUCGUCGCCUUUGGCGAGUUCGGGCUCGACUACGACCGGCUGCACUACUGCUCCAAGGAGGUGCAGCUGCACUCGUUCGCGGCGCAGCUAGAGCUAGCAGCAUCACUGCAGCCCCAGUUACCGCUGUUCCUGCACUCACGGGCAGCGCACAGCGAUUUCGUGUGGCUACUGCAGGGCGCCUUCGGCAGCCGGCUGGAGCGGCUGGAGCGCGGCGGGGUGGUGCACAGCUUCACGGGUACUAUCGACGAGCUGCGCGAGCUUAUGGGCCUGGGGCUGUACAUUGGCAUCAACGGGUGCAGCUUCAAGACGGCCGAAAAUUGCGACGUCGUUGCCGAGAUUGAGCUCGACCGCCUCAUGCUCGAGACGGACGGGCCCUGGUGCGAGGUCCGCCCCAGCCACUACGGCUGGAAGUACCUCGUUGAGAAGCCCGCCGAGUCAGCUCCGAGUCCUGCUACCCUCGAGGUCGGUAACGGGGAGGCGGACGAGGCUGCUGCUGGCACCUCACAGCAACAACCGAAGAAUAAGCAGCAACAACAGCAGCAGGGGAAGAAAAACAAAAAGAACCAGAAAAAGGAGCCCGAGGUCCCCGAGCGGUUCAAGGUGGUGAAGAAGGAGAAAUGGGAGGAGGGCGCCAUGGUCAAAGGGCGCAACGAGCCGUGCACCGUUGAGCGCGUUGCCAAGAUUGUGGCUGGGAUAAAAGGCGUCUCGGUCGAGGAGGUGUGCGAGGCGGCGUGGGCCAACACUGUCAAGGUAUUUGGCGUAGAGUAGUAGAGUAAGGUUGGUUUCUUGAUGGUAGCUACCGUUACUUUGACUCUACCUCCGACUAGAACCAAUCCCCUGGCUCGAGGUAAGGAAAGGGGGA